AUGACGACUCCCACUCCAAAUGAUCCAAGCUUCUCUCGGGCUCCAUCUCCGGAGCUUCCUGCACAUCUUAAUAUUGUUUUGCAACCCCCGAAUCCUAUCAUUCGUCAAGCCCUUGCCGACACGGUGCUCCCAAAUGCGAACAUACCCAAAAAUGUAAAAAAUUGGGUAGUCGAUCUCGUCACAAACGUGGUAGAAGAGAUGCGUCAACAAACGGUGGCGCAUUACGAAAAUCUUAUCCAGCGCCAAGCGCAUACAAUGGAAUGUAACACCACGGAGUUUCACAAUCGGACGGUCUUCUUAGACCAACAUCGUCAACAAUCUGAGUCUCGAAUCGCAGACUUGGAGAAAACCUCGUCAGCUUUACUUGAGGAAAACAAGACCACUAACGAAGCAUUUGUGGCAUUUGACGAUGAGGGACGGAAAGUAGGGCAAGGCGGUAACAAUGUCGACGACACGGACGACGACGAUGAGCCGUCGUUUGGUCACAAGGGUAAAGGCGUAAAAAUUGACCAACCAGAAAAAUAUGGUGGCAAUAAGGACGGAGUCAAUCUCGAUGAUUGGCUCAAACAAGUCAUGCUCUGGUUGAAAUAUACCGGACAUACCAAAGACGAGUCCAAAAUUAUGUCUACCCUCUUGCUCCUGAAAGGAGGAGCACGCGAAUACAUGCGACAUUGGAUUACCGAAAUAAACGAAAAUAAUAAGGCACCAGGAACUUGGGCGGAGUUCGUCGCUGAACUUCGCACGGCAUAUGAAUCAUUGGACAAGGACGACAAGAAGCGAACGGAGUUAGAAGCCUUCAUCAAGAAGGAUCAUCGAGACUUCCAAAAGUUCGCAGAAGACUUCCGUCCAAAGGCAACUGGUACAGGCUUCUCGGACCAAGACCUGAUCGAAAAGAUCAAGAAACAUAUCCCGGAGAAAACAUGGCUGCUCAUGCUGGUGGAUACCACUAAGGACAACUGGCCCAAGAAGUGGACCGAGUUCCUUACAUUCGCACUCCGGAUAUUCACAUCACUACAACGAGAAGGCCACCAUGCCAAGGCCGAAACCAAGGACCCGAAUGCUAUGGAGGUUGAUGCAGUCGGGAAGAAGGGAAAGAGUAAAUCGGGCAAAGCGCGAAGCGUGCAAGACGACAAGUUGGUCUGCGCCAACUGCAAGAAGAACAAGCCGACGUUCUUCAAAUCGUCGAAACACUUCGGCAAGUAUUGCACCGAUUGUUUCAAAUUGGACCAUGUCAAGAGGCAGAUUGAGAAGGAGAAAGAGACAGCUGCGAAGAAGAAGGACGUGAAGAAGAAGGACGACACCAGGAAUAAAUCCAAGUCGUCCAAGACGCGACAGGUAGUAUCUGAUUCCACUUCAUCAGAUACAGAGAGCGAAAGCUCUGAUACCGAAGAAGAGAAGAAGCCAAAGAAAAAGAGCUCUCCCUCUAAGACUAAGGGGAAGGGUAAGGAGACAGCUGCGCAUAUCAGCGACCACAGCAUCCACUCGGAAAGCGAGCCUGAUGCAUCCGAGUCAGACGAAGAUUUCGCCGUGAUCCUCUCAAGGCUCAGGCGCCUGAGGGCGAAUGGAUCCAGUUCAUCAAGGAAGGCGGGAGAGGGCUCUUCAAGGAGGAAUCAGAAGGGUUUUCUCAAAGGGGAUCUGUAG